AUGGCUGUUGGCAGCUGUUUCUGCGGCAAGGUCCGAGUCGAAUACAACGGCCAACCUCUAACAACGGCACUGUGUCACUGUCUUGAUUGUCGCAAGAUUACGGGGUCCCUCUUUACGUUCAAUCUUCUCGUUAAAACUGCCGAACUAGAUAUCUCCGGAAGUCCAAAAGAGAUAGUAAAAACAUCAGACAGUGGAAAUACUAUCAAGAACUACUUCUGUCCUGACUGUGGCACGCCGAUUUUUGGACAUAAGAUCAAGCCCAAUGGAGAUCGUAACGAGGUUACGGUCGUCCGGGCGGGAAUCUUUGAUGUUGAAAUGUUGAAUGAAGGGAAGCCUCAGCUGGAGGUAUUCACUGAGAGACGAGUGAAGUGGGUUUGUCCAGUUGAGGGGGCUACUCAAGUUGAUGGGAUGUUGCCAAUACCAUCCGCGUAA